CUCCCUUCCCCUCAUAAUGUCUGGCCUCGCCCACACUCGCUCCCAUCCCAACGACUCCCAAGCCGCCGCCACCGGCUCGCAUCCUCCUGCCCAUAAACCGGAUCCUACAGUUCAGCAUGCCGCCCAAGGAGGACUCUCCGCCGCCUCCGCCUCCAGCCCCUCCCAACAGCCCGAUGCGCUAAAUGAGUUGGAGUCCCUCAAAUUGAAGCUCAAGUCCGCCCUCCGCCAAUUCCCCGACUUCCCCUCUCCCGGCAUCCUGUUCGAGGACAUCCUCCCCAUCUUCGCCGACCCCGCUCUCCACGACGCGCUCGUCCGCGCCCUCGAACUCCACGUCUCGCAAGCGUACGAGAAGCCCGAUGUCAUCGUCGGCCUGGAGGCGAGAGGCUUCCUGUUCGGCCCCAGCCUGGCGCUGAGGCUCGGCGUUGGCUUUGCGCCGGUGCGGAAGAAGGGGAAGCUCCCGGGGCCGUGCGAGACUGCGGGAUAUCAGAAGGAGUACGGAGAGGACUUCUUCCAGAUCCAGGCCGACGCCAUCAAGCCGGGGCAGAAGGUCCUCAUUGUCGACGACAUCAUUGCUACGGGCGGAUCUGCGGCAGCUGCUGGUGCUCUGGUCAAGAAGCUCGGCGGGCAAGUGCUUGGAUAUGCGUUCCUCCUCGAGCUGGACUUCCUGAAGGGACGGGCGAAGUUGGACGCUCGUGUUGAUACCCUCCUCACCGGGCAGAUGGCGAAAGAAUGAGCGCUCCGUGAUUCUCAUCCUCCGCAAUUGCAUGGAUCGGCGUUUGAGUCAUUCUUGGGUUUUGGGAAGUAAUACAUCUUGAAGCUUAUAUAGACAGUUCUACGGUAGUCCUAUUGGCUGCAUCUAAAUCAUCUAGCGCUACUCUUCCGUUCCCAUUUCCUCUCAUCAACAUCUUGUACUGGAAAAGUUUCUGCCCCGCCCCUCGUCAUCUCCGGCCUCGGCACGCUAGCCACCCCACCUUCCUUUUCGAGAAUGAGAACGCCGCUGACAACACUUGUGGCGACGACAGCUCUGUGAUACCCACACAUGUCUGUCCGCACUGCUACUCCAUCUCUGCUUCGACCGCUUGUGACUGUUAGAGCUCGUUCUGUUGUAUUCUCUCGCUCCCAAUUGAUCACUUUUCGAAGACAAUUCAGUGCCCAAUCGCGCAGUAUGGCCGAGAUCAAGAAAGUGUUUACUGCUGAGGCGUGCCCAC